GCAGAGCAGCCUGGCGUCUGGAGCUGUGUGGAAGGCAGCCUGAGACGGAGUGGGAGGGACCGGUCUCCACGGGGCGGGAAAACUGGUCUAGAAAAAUAGAGCGAAGAGAAAACUAAAGCCCGCAUGGAAGGCCUGGAAAACUCAAUUGGACAAGGGAUUUGAACCAGUGGGCUGGGUCAGAGAACCUACGUAACCGGAACCUAUCUAUAAUAGGCGGACCCAAAGGCGGCUCCAGUGGCCGCAGGAGGGAGGGGCCGGAAAACCCUCCAUUCUCUGAGAGGAAAUCUUUGUUUAAGGGCUGGACGGCCGACACUGGCCAGAGUUUCAAGUAGAUGUGAAAACUUCCUGCAGCCACUGGAGCCUCGUAGAACGGUCUGGGAGACUCGCCGGUCCGCACCACAGUGGCGGGAACCGCAGCCCGGCGAUCCUAGCAUCUCCCAGGUCAGAAGAGCUGUAGUAAACAGGGUUGUUGACAUGCGGUGAACUUCUCUCAGGAAGAAGAGGAAAUGCCUGGACCUCACUCAUAGGGUUUUGUACUGAGAUUGAAUAUUGCAGAAUUGCAGCAGUCCUGUUUCUGGCUUGCACUUUUCAGCUACACCUGCUUAUCGUCGAGCAGGACAAAGUGCCCUGGAAGGUGGAGAGAGAGGCAUCAGUAGCAAAGGAUCCAGGACACGGCCACACUAACAAAUAUCUUUUGAAGUUAGAGAAUUCUGCCUGGGUGUCUCCUACUAUUAUGUGGCUGAUAUUUGUGGAUACCUGCUAGACAAUUGGUUUUCUGUCUGAUUUCAUUGUGCCUCGAAGACUGGUGGAUGCUGAAGCUUCCCUGCAUCGCUGUCUAUUUUCUCCUUACAGUUCUACAUUGAUUGCUUCUCGUAUUUGGAUGCUUUUGUGAAAUGCAUUUAUAUCGAAUGCAAUCCUGUUUGUCAGUUUGUGUUCUUUUGUCAUAAUAUGUAGUUCUGUUCAUGAGUAAGUCCCUAUGUCCCCAUAUGGAUGUGUUUUUACUUUCUCUUACUAUACAAGUUUCAUUUUACAGAUCAUACAUGAAGGUCUGAUUCAUUGUACACUGGGAGAGAAUUUGACCCAGGUUCAUAUUUCUGUGUGGAUAAAUAGUUGUCUCAACAUCAUUAGUUAAAACAGCUACCUCUUAUGCAGCACAUAGGUGUUGUUUUGGUGAUUCACAUGGCCAUUGCUAUUGGUCUGGCUCUGUUUCAUUGGGCUGUGUGUCUACUCAUCUGCCACUCCCAUAAUAUUGUUGGUCAUGUGGCUGUGCAGUGUCAUCUGGAACCAAAGCUAGGACAACUUAAGCUCUGCUCUGUACUCUCAGGGUCUCUGCUUCCAUGGAAAUUUGUAAGAGUCUCUGUAGUGUAUCUGUGAGGUAUAUGAUGGGGAGUUUGAUUGUCAUGGAGUUGGAGUUAAUCAUAUCAAUCUCUUUCACUAGUAUUGUAAUUUUCAUAGUACUAUGUCCUGUUCCAUGAGCAUGGAAAUACUUUCCAUCUUCAAGUAUUUAUUCAAUUCCUUCAACAAAUUAAAGAGUUUAUUGUAGAGGACUUUAUUUUGCUUGUUUGUUUUGGGAUUCAUUUUCCCCAUUAAGAAAUGUAUUUUUGAACCAGGAGUAGUGGUGUAUACCUUUAAUCCCAGCACUCAGGAGUCAGAGGCAGGUGGGUUUCUGUGAGUUUGAUGCCAGCCUGAGAUUUCUGAGAGAGUCAGGCUGUUACACAGACAAAUCCUGUUGGGGGCAGGGAUAGGGGGUAGGGGUAGGGGUAGGGGGUCCUCUUUAGUAUUAAUUAUGUAAAUAGCAGGGUUUUAUAAUUGAAUGAUUGUAUAAAUGAUUAAAAUUUUGCCUCCAAAUAAAUAUUGGUAUUUCCUAUGUUUACAUUUCUACAGAUUUUAUAAUAAUUAAUUUUUAUAUUUAAUCAUUGCAUAUUGAGUAUACUGUGAUCAAAGUUGCACCUCACCAUUAUCUCUCCUUUUAUCACCUUCCCUACCAUUCCUAGUUAUCCAUAUUUACUUCCCAAUUAUUGCCCCUUUGAUUUCAUGUGUCUUUUGUGCCAAUCUUGGAAGAGUAGGCAGGGUGUCAUUUGUGUGCGUAAUUCUAACUGCUGUGUAUUAUGACAGCAUAGUUUCCCAUACAUCACCUCCCUAUCCUCUAUCUCUUACAGUCUUUUCCUGCUUCUUCUGUAGUAUUCCCUAAGGUUUGGAUUUUUGUAAUGUAGACUUCCUAUCACAGGCUGUGCAGUCAGUGACCUCUGAAAUAACUGUUUCAUGCUGUAAAUAAAGUUUCUCUGUCCUGGGCUAAAAGCAGCACCAGGCUAUGAGUACAAACAGAAUGCACUAAAGGCCAGUGUGAGUAUUUGUACAUGUAACAAAAUGUCAAGAAUGGAUUCUUUCCUGGGGCCUGCCUCCUCCCAGCCCUAGGCUGGGAGGCUUUCCAUUGAUAUCCGUCUGUUUCCUAAUGUGGAUCCCGCCACAAAUCCAACCAGAAAGUCUUCAUUAACUACAAAAUAGUCUUGGCACUGUUACACUGGUGUCCAGCAGGUAGGGAUUUUAGCAUCCAGAGUUCACUUCAGGAUAUGGACCCUUUUAUCACAGCAACCUGCACAACACAAUUUGGGAAUAUGAAUGAUACCACCAGGAAGUCCAAGAUGUUUGUAGACAUUGUGAGUGGUCUGCUGACUUCUUAGAAUCUUCUUGUAGGUAUGUAAAAUUCCAAGGGUAUUGUAUGUGGAUUAUAUAAGUUAUUAAGAGGACUGUCUUCAGAUCUGAGCUUUUUCAUGGGACAAUACAAAGUUUUUGAAUGGCAGAAUUCUUUUUCCUCCAUGAAGGGGUAACUUGCUUUUUGACUUCCUAUAUCAACCCCUGUAAGUUUUUCUCUUUCUUCAGCUGGAUAACUGUUGAUACACUGUUGACUUGCUGUGGGAGAAAUGGACACCUUUGUCUCGUUCCCUAUUAGAGAGGAAUGAUUCCAGUUUUCCUCAAUGAAUGUAAUGUUGGAUGUACGCUUGUGAAUUCUAGUGUUUAUGAUGUUGAGAUAUGUGUGUUUAGAGCUUUUAUAAUGGGUAAAUGUGGCAUUUUGCCACAGGCCUUUUAUGGCUCUAUUGACAUCAUCAUGUUUCUUCUCUCACUGAGUGUAAUUAUUUGCUGUUUUACACUGAUUGUAUAUGUUUCUGAAACACUUGUACUCCUGGCAUGUAGUCAACCUAAACUCUACUUCUAAAUAGUUCAGAGAGGGUCUCUGUAUCGAUUUCUACCUUGACUAUUGCUCUUUGCAUGUAUUUGCUUGUCCUUAUCUGCUUUGGGUAUCAAGGUCUAAAGCAGCUUUGUAUGAUAUGUUAUUCCUUUAGAGAAUGCAGUGUUGAAUCUGUCUAGUGCUGGGGUAGUUUUAGAAGAAAUUAUUAGUGCUUAAGUCCCAGUAUUUGUAUAAGAUCUACUCUAGUUUUAUAACAGAAAAUUGUUUUUAGGAACUAUCCUUUUCUUCUACAUGUCAAGUUUAUUUGGAAUGACUUUCAUCAGCACUCCAUAAAAUAAUACAGGGUGUCCAUUGUUAUACCCUCUUUCAGCUCUAAUUCCAUUGCUUAGGGAUUUACUCUCUUAGUUGGGAUUAGGUUAAAGCAUACUUUGUCAGAAUUUUUUUUUAUUUCUUGACAGAAACAAGUCUGUUACAUUGACUCCUGGUAUUGUUCAGUGUAUCUCUAUUACAUUAAUUUCUAAUAUAUUUCUAUAUAUUAUUAGGAAUUGACUUAUUCCUAUGUUUAUAAGCCCUCAGGUACAUAAUUAUGUACAUAUGUCCUUUAAAACCAGAGCUUCUUGCUGUCAAGCUUUUCAAGGUGUCUUUGUUACUGCACUUCAGUGUGAAUAGUUUUCAUGACCUUACACUCACCCUAACAUGAUAUUUCUUCAAGUUGUCCUCAGUGCUCCGUGAAUUCUGUCUCACUGUUCAUUGAUUUAGGUCUUCUCAGAAGUUAAUUAAUGAACAGUAAAUGAGGGAUUGGAGAGGCAGCUCAGCACUUGAGAGUACUUGUUGUUCUCAAAGAGAAUCUUGGUUCAGUACUCAGCAUAGAUGAGAUAACAGUACAGGUAAGAACAUAGAGGUGUCUCUACUAGUAUUAGAGCAAUUGUGGAGCCUGGAUAUGUGACAGGACAGUUGACACCUCAUACCAACAUUGGAAAAGUUAGGAAUGAUCCCUGUGUAUGAUAAAUAAUGUUGUUUGUAUUCAUGGAGCUCAGAGCUAGAGACUAUCCUGUGCCCAUUGUAAUGUGGCAACAGAAGGUUUAUCAUAUUGAUGAUGUAGUUAGGUACAUAGUAGUAACUGUUAUGAGGAUCUACUCAAGUUGUGGACAAAUUUAUAAUUCAGGAAGAUCACCCAGCAUCCCAUCAACAAGACUGCUACUGAAGGAAAGUAAAUUGCAUCAAGUGCCACAGUUUUCUGGUAACCACAGGCCCACAAAUCUCAAAACUCUUUGCUGAUAAGUAGAUGUGAUGUAGAACGGACAUGGGCCCAUUCUUAAGUCCUUCAUUUGUAUUAGUACAAUAAGUUGGGUUGAGGGCUCAGGGUUGUGUUCUAAAUUAACACCCAGCAGGCUUUUUUCAGUUGAGCUUCAAAGGUCCUGAAGGUCGUGCAUAUUCUCUGAGGAGAAUUUGCUGCAUGUGGUGUAUUCACUGGGAGCUUUUGAGUUGGCUGCAUUUCACCUUCAUCUUUACACUGAUGUCAGAUUCCAUGUUGCUGAUAUGAAUUUCACUAACCUCAUGUGACCUGGAGAGCAGUCACAUCCUAUGUGUCCUAGGAUUCUCUAGAGGAAAAGAACAGAUAGAGUGAAUCUGUAUAUAGAUACAGAAAGGGAUUUUAUUAGUGUGGGUUACAGGCUAUGGUCUAACUUGUCCAGCUAAUAGAAAGGCCAAGUAUCCAGUAACUGUUCAGUUCAUAAGUCUGUCUCAGCUGGUCCUCAGUAUACACUGAAAUCUUUGAGAAGUAGGUGCUAAUGGACUUGGCAAUGAGAGCAAAGGCAAGCAGGGAAACAGAACAAGCUUCCUUUUCCAUGUCACUGAUAUAGGCUGCUAGCAGAAGGUGUGGCCAAGAUUAAAGGUUCACCUUCCCACCUCAGAAGAUCCACAUUAAAAGUGGUUCUUCCUAUUGGGUGGUGGUGGCACGCACCUUUAAUCCCUGCCGUUGGGGUGAAGGAAGGUAGGUGGAUCUCUGUGAGUUCGAGGCCAGAGCUACUUCCAGGACAGCCAGGUAUAUACAAAGAAAGAAAAGGUGGGUCUUCCCACAUCAAAUGAUUUAGUUAAGAAAAAAAUAAAAAAAUCUCUCCCAUGUGUACCCAGCCAUUUGAGUUUUAGUUCAUUCAAGAUGUAGUCAAGUUGACAACCAAGAAUAGCCAUCUCACCCCAUUUCUAUUUCUGUUCAUCUGAUUCUUCCCCUUUUAUUGUUUAGAAACAAUGAACGCUUCUUGUCUCCUCCAGGUUUUGCUAGGUGGGAUUAAUAGAAGUCUUGAAUUAUGUCUGUUUCCCUUUUCAGAUUUGAGAAAUAAUUACCUAUUGCCCCGUGUUAUAGAUAUCAGAACUACAAUCUGGUUUUGUCUUGUUAUUGUUUAGAUUUUUGUUGUUAAUAGUAUUAAUAUAUUAAGUUCAUGUAAGUUGUCUUUCUUCUGCCUUAGCUCACUGAGUAUCUUUUGAAUUUUUCAAGUAACUCAUACAUAUCCAUGGUUGAUGUCUAGAGAUUUAGUUUACUUAUAUCAUUUACUUUGAUUUCUUCGAACGCUUUCUAGACUCUUGUUUACAUUUAAGAACUUGGCACAUGUCUGUAAUUUCAAUAUUAUGGAAAACAGUAAAGCGAUUCUUCGGAAUCAGGGAGUAAGCAUAGAAUGCCUUUGUCCCAUUUUUAAUCUUAGAGAGGCUGUCACUCCAAUGUCAUUCCUUACAAGGAUACACCUUACCUAUGCACCCUCCUUCUCUUUUCCCCGGCAGCCAUGAGAUGGGUUCUGCCAUGCCCUCCACUUUAAUGAGUCUGCUUUGACAUUGCCUAGAGCAAUGUAGAACACAGACAUCCCAUUUAAACCACAUACUGACCUUUUACGUGGCUUCAGAAUGGUUACAGAUGACAGAUAUUCUCACACAGGGGUCCAAAUAUAAGUAAUACAGCAGCAUGUCUAUCUUGAGAAGAGAAUUAAGUUGGAAAGGUACACUUUACCUCAGUGAACAAUGUAUGGUCUGCUUAAGUGAUGCUGAGGUUGACUGUAACUCUAUCUGAUGACAAGCAUGCCAUAUUGCGAAGAAACAUGUGUUUGCCAGAUAGACUGAACCACUGCAUGUUAUAUCUGUUCUCUACGAUAGCAUGACACAUAUGGUGAAUAAUAUGAUCAAAGAGGCAAAUAUUGUAUUCCAGGUAUUUUCUACUAUAUAGAAAAGCUGACAACCAUAUGCAAUGAUGGGAAAUUUUAGAACCCCUCAAACCUUUUCUCAGGAAAUGACCUAUCUGGGAUUGAGAUUGUUUUCAUAUUGGACAUGAUUUUCUAUAUUUAUGCUGAGAACACACCAUUGUCCCCCUACCCCAUGUCAUUAUGGAAGCAGUGCUUUUCCUAAGCUGUGAUCUUGUGAUACUGUCAAUAAACAUUGCACUCUUGCCUUACAAUGCCGUAUAAGGAAGACAGUGCUGAGUUGUUCAUUUGUGAUGCUUUCCCAUCUUAAGGCCCUAUUGUGAUUUCCUGGCCCUUCCUCCUCAUUCCUGAAGGGCAACUAUAUGUCAGCUUCCUUUCCCAACCCAACUACUGCCAUUCCAUUACCAAUUUUGUCUUUAUUCCCCACAUCCAUCCAGAGCUCUUGUUCCACUCUCAAGCUGCUCUGUCUAGAGCAGUGUUUCUCAGCCUUUCUUAUGCCACAGCAUACAGUUCUUCAUUUUUCAGUGAACUCCAACCAUAAAAUUAUUUGUUGCUACUUCAUAACUGUAAUUUUGCUACUGUUAUGAAUAGUAAUGUAAAUAUCUGAUCUUCAGUAUGUCCCAUAGGUGACUCCCCAAAGGGGUCUAAACACACAGGUUGAGCACCACUCACCUUGUCCUAGACUCACACUCACACCCAUGUAUAUAAAAAUGGGCUUAGUAAAUGGGAGAAAACCUGCAGACAUUUUCUUUCCUUGUAGAAGUACAAUUCAUAUAAUUUAUAUUUCUAUUGAUUUUAAUGCAAAGAUCGUAAUUACAAUUUAUUUUGUAGCAAAAUAAAACUCCACCAUUUAAGUUCAUUCCAUUUCUUUUCUGUUGUUGGGCAUCUAGGAUGGGUUCAUUUCUUAUCUUCUUUGAAUAGUGUGGCAAUAAAACUGUAUGUCUGUUUUGGUAGAACUUAGGGGCUAUGUAUUUUUGCUGUGGUGGGUAAUAUGGUGGUUAAGAUUGUGGGUUGUAGAAACUCCAAAAUGAUUACUGUGGCUUUUACUGGUUCAUAGUCCCUUUGAAGAAUGAAUAAGUGUCCCACUUUUCUAUUUCAUCAACGGCAUUUGUUGUGUUUUUUUCCUUUUUCUGUAUUUUUUUGUUUGUUUUGUUUUGUUUUGUUUUGUUUUGUUUUUGAGGCAGAGUCGUACGGUGUAGUUCUGUCUGGCUUGAAACUCACUGUUUAUACCAGGCUGGUACUGAGCCAACUGCUAUUUCCUCUGGAGUAGUAGGAGGAAAUGAGCCCCGCUAUACCUUCUCCACUUUAGCCAUUCUGAAUAGGGUAAAAAGGAGUAUCAGUUGGUUUUGAAUUUAUAAUUACUUCAUGGCUAAGGAUGAUCAACUUUUUUUUUUUUUUUUUAAUGACUAGCAGCCUAGUGGUGGUGGUGCAUGCCUUUAAUCACAGUACUUUGGAGUCAGGCAGAUCUCUGAGUUCGAGACCAGCCUGGUCCACAAAGUAAGGCUGUCAUGAGAGAUAGCUAAACUGUUAAGAACAGUUUUCUGAGCCAAGCACAUGCCUGAAGGUGGAUAGCCAAUAGGAAAUGAACUCAAUGGCAUCCUUUUGUCAAAAUGUCGUAUUAGUGUGUUUCCUUUUUUUUUUUUAAUGUUACCUUAUUAUCUAUAUCUAUCUAUCUUCUGUCUUUUUACCCUACUGGUCCUUUGUUUUGUGUAUUAUGGCUUAAAGGUUAGUGUUUUUAUGAGAUACUGUUUCUUGUGCCUUCUCUUGUCCUCUUUUUUUGUUUGUUUGUUUUAUCCAAUUCUGAGGCGUUAGCUUUUGUUUUAUCUUAUUAGAUUAUAUUUUUAUUAUUAUCUCUUGGAAGCCUCUUUGUUUUCUAAUGAGAGACAGAAAGUGGUGGAUCUGGAUAGGAGGGAGAGUGGGGAGGAACUGGGUGGAGUAGAAGGAGUAGAAACUGUAAUCAGAAUAUAUUAUGGGUGUGCUGGUUUGAAUAGGAAUGGCCCCUAUAGGCUCAUGUGUUUGAAUGAUUGGCUCAUAGGGAGUGGCAUUAUUAGGAGGAAGUGUGUCACUGUGGAGUGGGCUUUGAGGUCUCAGAUGCUAAAGCUAUACCCAAUAUGUCACACAGCCUCCUACAGCCUGUGGAUCAAGAUGUAGAACUCUCACCUCCUCCAGCAUCAUGGCAGUCUGCACACUGCCAUGCUUCUCUGUGUGAUGAUAAUGGACUAAACCUGUGCAACUGGAAGCUAGCCUCAAAUAAAUGUUUACCUUCAUAAGAGUUACUUAUGGUCAUGGUGUCUCCUCCCAGCAAUAGAGACCCUAACUAAGACAAUGGUAGGGGGAAAAAAGUAUUUCAACAAAAGACAAAAACAAGGUAAAAAAUUGAUAUGAUCCCCAUAAGCUCAUGUUUGAAUGCCUGGCCCAUGCAGAGUGGCACUUUUAGAAGGUGUAGUCUUAUGGAAUAAGUGUGGCCUUGGAGGAAAUGCGUCACUAUGUCAAAAUAAAACAAAAGAAGCACUUGUUGCUCUUACAAAGGACCUGGAUUUGUUUCCCAAAAUCUAUGUGGUAGCUCAUAACUGUCUAUAAUUCUAGUUCCAGUGCAUCCAAUAUACUCUGACCUUUGUGGGCACCAACACUUGCAUAGUACACAUACAUCCAGGGCAAACAUUCAUAUACAUCAAAUAUAAAUACUGUAAAGGUGACUACAUACACACAUUGACUUUUUUGUGCUUUUUCUGUUUAUGAUUGCUCUUUUAAACAAAUAUUUGUUGACUUUAUUUUGAAGUUAUAAAGAUAUAGGUGGUUAUUCCCUAACUCGCCUCUAUUCAUCUGUUUCUCAUGUGAAAUAUCUUAGUUCUUAUAUUCUCGUGGAUAUCUUUUUGACUGAUCAGUGUAUAUUUGCCUUUAAUUAUUAUCUGCAAUGACUUGGGUAGAAUGGCACAUGUCAAUUCAUGAGUAUUUUCAAAUGCACUUCUCUGUCAAUUUUAAAACAUAAUUUUGACUGCAAUAAAUAAUAAGGUUGAUAGUUACUUUCGGGUAUUUGAAUAUAUUUUUCUAUUUUCUCCUUGCUUUAGGAUUAUUCUGGUACUAUUCUGAUAUUUGAGGGUUUUGUGGUUUGACAUUGUUCUUUAAGAGAGAUUCACAUUAAUUUUUUUAUUUUAUAUUUUUGAUGCCUGAUAUGAAAGGCAAGAAGGGGUCCAGCCAUUGUUCUUGAGACAGAAACUCAGAGCAGAUCAACAGGAAGAAAUGGCUGCUUCUCCAGUAAGUACAUCCCAGGGUCUGUUGACAUUCGGGGAUGUGGCUUUGGACUUCUCCCAGGAGGAGUGGGAAUGCCUGGACUCUGCUCAGAGGGCUCUGUACAUUGAUGUGAUGUUGGAAAAUUACAUCAACUUGGUCUCUGUUGAGAAGCAUCACAUGUGUGGUAAAUAUGAGAAGGUCUUGGAUCAACACUCAGAGCAUCAACAUGUGAAUAUCCAAGAAAAGUCUUACAAAUAUAAAGAGCUUGGCAAAAUGGUUCAUGAAUCCUCUCCAUGUACACCUUAUAACACAAGUAGUACUGCAGAAAACUGUAACAAGUACAGCUACCAGGAUGCUUCCAUUGAAUCAUCCCUAAUCAGACAUAAUAGUGUACACACUGGAGAAGAACUUUUCAAAUAUAAAGAGUGUGGCAAAUGUUUAUGUUCCAACAUUUGUCCAAAUCAGAGUAUCCACGAUAUAAAGAUGGAACACAAGUAUACAGAAAGUGAUAAGCUUUGUGGCUCUACACACAGACUUGUACAGCAAAGAACUCAUAGUGGAGAGAAAGCACACAAUUGUGGGAAAUGCUUUAGGAGUUGCUCAAGCCUCAGUACACAUCAGAGACUUCACACUGGAGAGAAACCAUGGAAAUGUAAAGAAUGUGGUAAGUCCUUUAAGUGGUUGUCUCAUCUUAAAGCCCAUUGCAGAAUCCAUACUGGAGAAAAACCUUUCAAAUGUAAUGAAUGUGAUAAAGGCUUUUCACGGUUAUCUAGACUUAAAAGUCAUUAUAGAACCCAUACUGGAGAGAAGCCUUACAAAUGUGAGGAAUGCGGUAAGUGCUUUUCUCGGUUGUCAAGACUUAAAAACCAUUAUAGAAUCCAUACAGGAGAGAAACCUUACAAGUGUAAGGAAUGUGGCAAAUCUUUUACCCAUUGCACGGGUCUUAGUACACAUCAGAAAAUUCAUACUGGGGAGAAACCUCACAAAUGCAAAAACUGUGGUAAAUCCUUUCAUCUGCUGUCAACUCUUAAAGAACAUUUCAGAGUCCACACUAGAGAGAAGCCUUACAAGUGCAAAGAAUGUGGUAAGUUCUUCCAUUGGUUGUCAGGCCUUAAAAGCCACUACAGAAUCCACACUGGAGAGACACCUUACAAAUGUAAGGAGUGUGACAAGUCAUUUUCUCAGUUAUCAAGACUUAAAAGCCAUUAUAGAACCCAUACUGGAGAGAAAUCUUGCAAAUGUUUAGAAUGUGACAAAUACUUUACCCAAUGCACAGCUCUUAAAAGACAUCAGAAAAUUCAUACUGAUGAAAAACCCUACAAAUGUGAAGAGUGCAGCAAAUGUUUUUAUGUGUUGUCUCACCUAAAAAGCCAUUGCAGAACCCAUACUGGAGAGAAGCCUUACAAAUGUGAGGAAUGUGGUAAGUGCCUUUCUCAGUUGUCAAAACUUAAAAGCCAUUAUAGAAUCCAUACAGGAGAGAAACCUUAUAAGUGUAAGGAAUGCGACAAAUCCUUUACCCAUUGCACAGCUCUUAGUACACAUCAGAAAAUUCAUACUGGAGAGAAACCCUACUCAUGCAAAGACUGUGGUAAAUCCUUUUAUCUGUUAUCAAGACUUAAAGAACAUUACAGAGUCCACACUGGAGAGAAACCGUACAAUUGUAAGGAAUGUGGUAAGUUCUUCCAUUGGUUGUCAAACCUUAAAAGACAUUCCAGAAUUCACACUGGAGAGAAACCUUACAAAUGUGAGGAAUGUGACAAAUCCUUUACCCACUGCUCAAGUCUUAAAGCUCAUCAGAAAAUUCAUGCUGGGGUAAAACCCUACAAAUGUGAAGAAUGUAGCAAGUCCUUUUAUUGGUUGUCAAACCUUAAAACCCAUUCCAGAAUCCACACUGGAGAAAAACCUUACAAAUGUGGUAAAUGUGACAAAUCCUUUACCCAGCGCUCUCUUCUUACAAAGCACAACAGGAUCCAUACUAGAGAAAAACAUGAAAACAGGAAAUAUGUGAGAACUUUUGAUGAAUGAUUAAAUCAUAGAAAAUUCCAAGAGUUUAUAACUAAUUCAUGAGGACAAAAUGUAGUCAGAAAUUCAAACCAGAACUAAACCAGAAGAAUGUUCACUGUCGUAAAAUCCUCAUAUCUUAUGCAUUAGAAAUUCCAUGCUAGAAAACCCAUGAUAUGCAUUGAUUUUUUUUUUCAGUUUUUACCUAGUGCUAAAAUUGUAGAUACAUCUGAAAAUUCAUCCUGAAGGGAAACGCAAGAAUCUCCUUUAAUAAUGAGUCCUCUUUUUUUUUUUUUUUAACCUUCAAAAUAAUCAUUCAGGAGUCAAAUUGUACAGACAGCGUGAGUAUGAGAAAUGUUAAAGAGAUAACUUGUGGAUGUGAUACAUGUACAUGCAUAGCCUGGAAGUCCCAAAGAAUGUGCAGGAAAAUUGGUUUUCCUGUACUCAAGAAAAUUGGAAAAGUAUUUAGUCCAACUGAAAAACACAAUGAUUCAUAUAGAAACACUAAGACACAGACAUUAGAUAAACAAGUGUAUUGCAAAGAAGGAAACCAAAUGCGUAAAGGAAUUUGUUAUGUACUUGAGUGGAGGAGGAUAUUUCUAUUUGAGUAAAUAUAUAAUUCAUAUUAACAUUUGGGUAAUGCUAGUAUUGGAAUUUGAUGAAAUGUAAACACAAUAGUUUUUUUUUUUUAUACUCAGAUGCAUCUAUGCUGUCUUGCUUACAGAUGAUUUUAUGAUAAUGUGUAUCUAUUGUUGCUGCUUCAGUGCUGAUGAAUCUGAGUCAGGAGUGGUGAAGUUAGGUAGCUAAUGACUGCUAACCAUCUGGUGAGUCCAACUAUCUAGACCGACUCAUGAUGGCAAAUUUAGAGUCUCCCUGGGUCACGUCUUCAUGCAGAUGCUGCACAGACCAAGGCCUCUCUGCUUGAUGACCUUUUGAAAACUAUACUAGUUCAUGGCAGUGUUACAGUCCCAGAGAGAAUUCUGUCAUUGUGUGCCUGUGAAGACCACUUUAAAAAAAAAACAAAAAACAAAAAACAAACAAACACUUAUCUCCGAUUAUUUUCUUCAUUGGUUCACUAUGUAAAAAGCCAUGGUAACCUGAGCAGAAUCCUGUCUUGGAAUCCCUUUGGUUUCAGGAGUUAUUCUUCGCCUUUAUUUGUUGUUACAUGGUGGUUGAAGUGCCCUACUCUGUUGGAGUUCACUUUUCUUUGUGUGAGCAGGAUUCUGAGAUCAUGGUACCUUACAGGCAAUGUAGCUUGCUGCCUGUUGCUCCUAACAAUCUACUCUCUGUUAAUAACGUGUCGUUAAUAUCACUUGGUCCAUGAAAAAUUAGUAGUCUAAGCAAGCUUCAAUACUGUAACACAAAUGGAGAUGAGUUUUAUUUUGCAGGAGGAACACGUGUAUGAUGUAUGAGCAAUAGGAAGGGAAAAGGGCUAUCCAAGUCUUCAAUAGGCAGACACAGGGGGAUCUCAAUAAUAUAUUUUAGAAAUAUCUGAAAAAUGAUAAGUCCAUAGAAUUGCUGAUCUCUAUCUCGAUAUCCUCGAUGAAAUUUAUGUAAAAAAAUAGUUAUCAAAGGACAGUCAAAUCUAAUAUUUGAGAAUAUAUAGUUGUAUUGAACAAUGUGUACCAUGAAACUCACACCUUGGCUUUCUUUGAAAAUGGUCAAUAGUAACUGUAGGUUUCCAUAUUUUAGUAAAGUAACAUCCCUCUUAUUGUUAUCUAUACUUUUUGUAAAACCACAUUUAUUUUUAAAUGUUCUACAACUCUAUGUAAGGUGAUUUUUUUAAAUAAAUAAAACAUCUGUGUUUAA